AUGGAUCUCUGGACUCGCCGUGCCAACUCCAGCAAGCUCUCCGUGUCUACGGGGCCUCCUCCCACGAAUGGCGCUCGGCCUUCCACUGAAUCGAAAGUAGGCUUCUCAGGAUCCAUAGGCAGAAGAGCAGGGGAGACGUCUUCGCACACCACCAAGAACCCCUUCAAUGUCGCGGCCCCCCCUAUAUCCUCCCUCACCUCCCCAACCGGUGGCGCAACUGGCGCAUUCGGACUCGGAACCGGUGCAUUCUCCAAAUUCAAUACCAACCCGAAGACUCCUAAGGCAACUACCAGUUUAGAUUACAUCAGUGCGAUUGGCGCGAAAACCCCGACAGCCGAGAAGCAGCUCAGGGACUUGGGUUCCAAGCCUUCGAAGACCAGCAUCACGACUUCCAAGGUUCUCACACCUCCACCUGCGCAUAACUUGAGGCAUAGCUGGGCGCUCUGGUUCCGGCCGCCAAUAUCAAAGUCGAAUGGAUUUGUGGACUACGAGAAAACAUUGCAUCCUGUAGCGCAGUUCGAUACGAUGGAGGAGUUCUUCACUUUGUAUAGCCACCUGAAGCGUCCAUCUACCCUACCACUUGUCUCGGACUACCAUAUCUUCAAGAAAGGCAUCAGACCUGUCUGGGAGGAUGAAGAGAAUAAGAAGGGUGGAAAGUGGAUCGUCAGAUUGAAGAAGGGCGUGGCGGAUAGAUACUGGGAGGAUCUCCUCUUUGCGCUGAUUGGAGAUCAGUUUGCAGAGGCCAGCGAGGAAGUCUGUGGAGCCGUUUUGAGUGUAAGAAACGGGGAGGACAUCCUGAGCAUUUGGGCCCGCAAUGAUGGCGGGAGGGUUCUAAGGAUCAGAGAGACGAUGAAACGCAUUCUCAGCUUCCCACCUGAUACCAAAGUCGAGUGGAAGAGCCACGACUCCAGCAUCCAGCAGAGGACUGCAAUUGACGACGCGCGAAAGGAGAAAUCCCAACACGGCAACCAUCACACCACACCCGCUCGCAACGGCAACAAGGAUAACGAGACUUCUUCUGCGGGUCUUGCUUGGUCGAUUAAACUACGAGCAGGUGGUGGGGGUCUUUUGCUGUAUUAUAGGAUGAGGGAAGAUUAUGUGGGCGCCCGUUCUGUUUUGGUUUUGCGGUGCUAUCCACUGUACGGAUAUACAUACCUUGUUAUGUGCACAGUACCGCAGGACUGGACUGGAAUGGACGACUAUAUUGCGCUUAGCUAUUUGCGUCGAUUGGUAUGCCUCUCGCGCCAAUCCCUCCGAAUAUGCAAGAGGCAAUACAAAAACAGCAAGUAG